AUGGAGGGUGAUGAUAUUUCAAUGAAUCGCUCGAGCCCAGCAAUCAGCCUUGCUAGUAGGCGUGUGAUGGCAUCUCAAGUAUCUGUGCCUCCAUCGGGGACAGCUCCGCAUCCUUCCCCGGAUUCAGUCCCUGAGGGGGGUGCUGCAAAUGGCAAUUUGUUGAGGACACCAUUGGUGAUGAAUGCCCAACCAUUGAGAUGUAGCCCUCCCUGGCUAAGACAUGAUAUGAGGUAUCCAGCUGUUAUGACGCCACCGCCGUGUGCUGCGCCUUCAGAGAUGAUUACACCUGACGUCAACCAAACUUACACACAUGGCGAGGAUUUGGAUCCUGAAGUUGUUCCAAAUUUUGAGAUGAGCUUUGAGUCUUUUGAAGAUGCAUUUUUGUUCUACAAAAAGUAUGCUGGGCGUGUUGGCUUUCCAAUAAAGAAGAACAGGAAAAGGGGGACAACUGGAAAGGAUUUCUGUUGCUCGUUGGAAGGGAAGCAUAACACAAAGGUUCAGGAUGGCGACCGUAAGACGUCAAAGACUUCAAAACGUGAUGGCUGCAAGGCAAUGGUGUGCGCAAGAGAGGCGCGAGGUGGAGGGCGUGUCUUUUUUACACGCAUUGUUUUCGAACAUAACCACAAGCUGAAUCCAACACCAAGCAUGACGAAGCGUAUGAGGGCGCACAAGGUUGAAGAUCUGUCUGUCAUGAACCUGGUUGACACAAUGCAUGCUAGUCAAGUCCCUUACCCCAACGUUAUGCGUGUCCUACGUAGUGUUGCGGGUGGGGUUGAGAAUCUACAUUUGACUGAGAGAGACAUUCAGAAUAGGUGA